GCCCUCUGUCCCCGGGCUAGGCGGAAGAGGUGCGCAUGCGCCCUGGGAAGAUGGCACCUGCCGACGGCUCCGGGGCUGUGAGGUUGCUGUGGGUGUCGCUGGCCAUGCUGGCCGUGGCCCGGACUGCGCUGGCCUUGUCCCUACUAAACCAGGAGCUGCACCGGCAGCGCCAGGGCCUGGCGGGAGGCUGCGCCUCGGCGGGAGAGUGGACAGAGCAGUACUCGGCCGAGUGCGAUUCGUCCUUUCUGCACUUCCAUGAAUCCGAUUGUGACAUAGGAAGGUCUUCAUCUUGUGAAUCUGUGCUCUCUCUCAACACAGAAAAAAUUCUGAGUCAAGCGAAGUUGCUUGCAGAGCAGAAACGAUUUCCAUUUGCUACUGAUAAUGACAACACAAAUGAAGAAUUGGCAAUUGCUUACGUGUUGAUUGGCAACGGCUUGUAUGAUGAAGCCGUACGACAGUUUUCAACAAUGCUGCAGGAAGAACCAGAGCUGGUUAGUGCAAUUUAUGGACGAGGGAUAGCGUAUGGAAAAAAAGGACUACAUGAUAUGAAAAAUGCUGAACUUGCUCUGUUUGAGCUCAGUAGGGUGAUUAGUUUAGAACCAGAUCAUCCUGAAGUAUAUGAACAGCGAGCAGAAAUAUUGUCCCCGCUAGGACGAAUCAGUGAAGCAUUGUCUGAUCUCACCAAAGCUAUUCAGCUGCAACCAUCAGCACGGCUUUACAGACACAGAGGUACCCUUUACUUCAUAUCUGAGGAUUAUGCAACAGCCCAUGAAGACUUUCAGCACUCACUGGAACUGAACAGGCAUCAGCCUAUAGCUAUGCUUUAUAAAGGCUUAACCUUUUUUCACAGAGGACUUUUGAAGGAAGCCAUUGAAUCAUUCAAAGAAGCUCUGAAGCAGAAAGCAGACUUCAUAGAUGCAUAUAAAAGUCUGGGACAAGCCUAUAGAGAACUUGGCAACUUUGAUGCUGCUACAGAGAGCUUCCAGAAGGCUUUGCUCUUAAACCAAAACCAUGUUCAGACAUUGCAACUCAAAGGAAUGAUGCUUUAUCAUCAUGGUAGCUUAGAUGAAGCACUAAAGAACUUUAAGAGAUGUUUACAGCUAGAACCAUACAAUGAAGUAUGCCAGUACAUGAAAGGUCUCAGCCAUGUUGCAAUGGGACAGUUUUAUGAAGGCAUAAAAGCUCAGACUAAAGUUAUGUUAAAUGAUCCGCUACCAGGUCAGAAGGCCAGCCCAGAAUAUCUGAAAGUGAAAUACCUUCGAGAGUAUUCUAGAUACUUGCAUGCGCAUUUGGAUACCCCUCUUUCAGAAUACAAUACCGAUAUAGAUCUUCCUGGAAAUUUCAAGGACCACUGGGCUAAAAAUCUUCCUUUUCUCAUAGAAAAUUAUGAAGAACAGCCAGGGUUACAGCCACACAUAAAAGAUGUGUUAUUUCAGAAUUUUGAAAGCUAUAAGCCUGAUGUGCAAGAACUCAUAUGUGUAGCUGAUCAUCUGGGUUCCAUGAUGCAGUAUGAGACACCAGGAUUUCUUCCAAAUAAAAGAAUACAUAGAGCAAUGGGAUUGGCCACUCUAGAAGUAAUGCAAGCUGUGCAGCGGACUUGGGCAAACUCGAAAGUUCGGAUGAAUGGGAAAACCAGACUGAUGCAGUGGAGAGAUAUGUUUGAUAUUGCUGUGAAAUGGAGAAGGAUAGCUGACCCUGACCAGCCUGUGCUUUGGUUGGACCAAAUGCCUGCCCGAAGCCUUAGCAGAGGCUUCAAUAAUCACAUUAACUUAAUCAGGGGACAGGUCAUUAACAUGCGGUACCUGGAAUAUUUUGAGAAAAUUCUUCAUUUUAUCAAAGAUAGGAUCCUUGUUUAUCAUGGAGCUAAUAAUCCAAAAGGACUAUUAGAAGUUCGAGAAGCUUUGGAAAAAGUACAUAAAGUAGAAGAUCUUCUUCCCAUAAUGAAGCAGUUUAACAGUAAAACAAGAGAUGGGUUUACUGUGAAUACAAAAGUCCCUAGCCUCAAGGAUCAAGGGAAAGAAUAUGAUGGAUUCACAAUUACAAUAACAGGAGAUAAGUAUGUUUGCUAUUUUCAAGGGUUCAGAGUGGGGAACAUAUUAUUUUCAGUAGAAACUCAAACAACAGAAGAGAGAACACAGCUGUAUCAUGCAGAAAUAGAUGCGCUAUAUAAGGAUCUAACGGCGAAAGGAAAAAUUCUGUCUGCAGAGCUGGGGGAAGUAGAUGCUGUUUGCAACUUGAUCCUGUCAUUAGUUUAUUACUUCUAUAACUUAAUGCCACUUUCAAGAGGAUCUAGUGUGAUAGCUUAUUCAGUGAUCAUGGGGGCACUGAUGGCAAGUGGAAAAGAAGUAUCAGGAAAAAUCCCUAAAGGAAAGGCAAUUGAUUUUGAAGCAAUGACAGCACCAGGCUCUGAAGCUUUUAGCAAAAUAGCAAGGAGCUGGAUGAAUCUAAAAAGUAUUUCACCUUCUUACAAGAGCCUGCCAUCAGUAUCGGAGACUUUACCAACCCUGAGAAGGAUGAUUGAAGUACUAAAUACAGACUCGUCUCAUUGUAUAAAAAAAACUAUAGUUGUUGUAUAAUUUAUACGAAUAAAAGGCCAAGAGAUA